UAAGUGGCUCUACUGGUUUGACUGCCUCCCCCCCUCCUGUGUUCCACCUGUGCAACUGGAAACGCGCGUCUUUCCAGACGCUCGCAUCGCGUCGGCAUAAAUAUGAGGGGGAGGGCCGAAUGGAGAGGAGCGAGGCUCCGCCACCAGACAUCCGCCUCUCUGCGUCCGGCUCCCGGGUCGCUCAGCCGCCAGAUGUCGGGCCGCCGGGUGGGAUUCUGUCUGAGCGAGAAGAAGCGCAGGAGGAUGAACCUGGACGCCUUCGCUGCCUUCUGUGCGGGCCAUGGAGUCGAGGUGGUGGAGAUCGACAUCACUCGACCUCUGGUGCACCAGGGACCCUUCGACGUCAUCGUCCACAAGCUCUCUGACGUCGUCGUGGAGGCCGAGCGCGACAGCCAAUCGCAGCGGGUCCUCGCCGACUUCCAGAGCUACGUGUCGGCUCACCCGCCCACGGUUCUUCUGGACCCUCUGCCCGCCAUGACGCGGCUCCUAGAACGCUUUGCCUCUUACCGGAUCAUGAGCCAUCUGCACCGCUCCCUCCGAGAUUGGUGCAUCUGCAGUCCUCCGUAUCUGGAGAUCCACAGCGCCGCUGACCUGCCUUCCAUUCAUCAGGCGUUGGUGACCCAGGGCUUGAGCUUCCCUCUCAUUUGUAAAACCAGAGUGGCGCACGGCUCACUUUCCCACGAGAUGUCUCUGAUCUUUGGUGCAGACGGUCUGGCCGACGUCCGUCCUCCCUGUGUCCUCCAGAGCUUCGUCAACCACGGGGCCGUCCUGCACAAGGUGUUUGUGGUGGGAGAUCAGCACUUCUGCGUGGAGAGGCCUUCGCUCAAGAACUUCCCCUCAGGUCCCUGUGAGAGGAAGACCAUCUUCUUUAACAGCCAUCAGGUGUCCAAGCCGGAGUCAAACUCUCAUCUGACGGCACUGGACGAGCAGAUGCCGGGCCUUCCUCCUCCCAGCUCGGAGGCCGUGGCCGCCCUGGUGAGAGAGCUCCGCGCUCAGCUCGGCAUGGCCCUGUUCGGCGUGGACGUCAUCGUCGACGUUCACACGCACACCCUCACCGCCAUCGACAUCAACAUCUUCCCAGGCUACGAGGGAGUGCCGCAGUUUUUCUCCUCCCUGCUCAGCCACAUCCAGUCAGUGUCCGCCGGCCCCCGAGGGGCCGAUUCUCCCGAGUCCACGCAGACUGCAGGAGGUCCAUCUGCUGCAGAGGCCGGCCUCGAAGUCCCCUCGUGAAGACACCCGUGGACCCGCGUCUCCCCAGCCAAACCUUUUUUGCGGUUCCCAAACUCAGUCGUUCCCGAGGCUUCUAUUGAAAUAUGUUAUUUAUAUGUAAUCUUUGAUACGACUUGAACUUGAAACUGUAAUUUUAUGCCUUCACGGAAUUUUACUGUUUUUACAAAUUGAACAGAUGACACAUAAUGGUUUAAUACACUUUUUCCUUUAUUGAUUGAAGCGCAGAAGAAGAUACAGCCGGCACAAAAUACAGCGAUUGGCCAGUAAUAUUUUAAACUGUGUUUUUCUUAAUAUGUUUUCCCCGUGUUAUUCGAAAAGUCCUCCACGCCGUUUAGUGGAGCCCCCCCGGGGACAUUUCCUAAAUCUUUCUUGCUGGCCUGUAAGAUACAUUUGGGGGAAAUAGGUUUGCACUAAUAUAGAAAAAAGAAGGCUACACUACAUCUUUGGAAUGGACGGUAAUGAUGUCAUCAGUAUUGCCCGAUGAUGUGUCUUAUCAUCACGUGUUUACACAAGCUGACCAACCGGCGACUCGACCAGCGAUCAAAAUACAUACACGUUUUGUAAAUCUUGGCUGUGUAGAAAAAGAGAUUAUACCUGCUAUACGAGUACUCUAUGAUGUACUUUGAUUAAAAUAUUAAAACACAUGAAAUAGUUCA